AAAACAAAGGGAUCACGUGUGGCUUGUAAGAUUCGGUGUAUUCCCAAAAAAGAUUGGAACUUUUUGGAGUAUGCAGCAGCUCAUUCAUUCAUCUUCACACACACACACACACACACACACACACACACCCACACACUUACACCAGAACCAACCAAAAUCCUAAUACAAUCACUAAGAACCCCCUCACAAUCUGGAGACUCGUUGAAUAUCAAGAUGCAAUCUUUUUCACCAUUUUCCUACCUUUCUUUCCUUUUUAUAUUAACAACUUUGAGUUUUGUGAAAACGCAAGAUGGGUUUUGCUCUGCACCAUCAUCAUCAAUUCUUGAUGCUGAUUCCAACUCUCAGCCACUUUACUGGAAAGUUAGUAACCCCACACUUUCCCCUUCUCAUCUUCAAGACUUGCCGGGUUUUACUCGUAGUGUGUAUAAGAGGGAUCAUGCUUUUAUUACUCCUGAAAGUCAAGUGUUUAGCCCUCUACCUGAUUGGAAAAAUACUUUGGGAGCCUAUCUAAUCACACCAGCAAUUGGCUCGCAUUUCGUCAUGUACUUGGCAAAGAUGCAAGAAAAUUCAAAAUCAGGACUACCUCCUAGAGAUGUUGAAAGGUUCAUAUUUGUGGUCCAGGGAAUUGUGGUGCUCACCAACAUAUCCGGGAAUGCCCACAAACUGACAGUUGAUUCCUAUGCUUAUCUGCCUCCCAAUUUGGAUCACACAGUCGAAACUGAUGCAGCUGCUACUCUUGUUGUAUUUGAAAGGAGGUAUUCUGGAUUGGAAGGUCAUGUUGCUGAACUAAUUGUUGGUUCAACAGACAAGCAACCCCUUCUUGAAACUCCUGGCGAGAUUUUUGAGCUAAGGAAGCUUCUUCCAACGUCCUUAGCUUAUGAUUUCAAUAUACAUAUCAUGGAUUUUCAACCUGGAGAAUUCCUCAAUGUCAAGGAAGUUCAUUAUAACCAGCAUGGUUUGCUUCUGUUGGAGGGGCAAGGCAUUUAUCGACUAAGUGAUAGCUGGUAUCCAAUUCAAGCUGGUGAUGCUAUUUGGAUGGCACCAUUUGUGCCUCAGUGGUAUGCUGCUCUGGGCAAGACGCGUUCACGCUACUUGUUAUAUAAAGAUGUUAAUAGGAAUCCACUGUAGUGACAUUCAACUUCUCCUAGCAUUGUUCAAACGCAUGAUUUCAACAAUGCUGAGCAUUGUCUCCUUUUCUCCUUUGAGCCCAACACACAUCUUUUACGCGGCAUGAAUUGAAUCAUUUGAUGGCAUUUUAUGAAUGCUUAGUAGAAAGCAAUCAUCUGCCAUUGUUAGCUUUUUCAGAAUGAGGAGGAAAGAAAUAACUUCAAGCAUUGCCUGAUAUGUCAUCUUAGUAUGAGAAGGGCAAUUUCAGAAUGAUA